UUCUCCUCUGGCUGCAUGUGUGCAUCAUGUCUCUGUGUGAGGCCUGUGUUCUUGUGAAUUGUUAGAUGUGCUCCAGUUUACCUUUUCGUGUGUUGUUUAUUUUAGUUUGCUUUGCAAGUUGGCUGGUGAGCCCUUUUUCUUUUGUCCAUUAAAACAUCACUUUGUGGCUUCAGUACACAGUUUCCUCCUUUUUCUCUCGCCCGGUUAUUUUGGUGUUUUGUUACUUCCCUUUGUACCCCUAGUUAGGAGGGAACGUAAAAAAUGGGGGCUCGUCCGGUCUUUGAGACAAAGAGUGAGUACUUGAUUGUUUGUUGUACAGUGUUGAUAUUGUGUUUGGUGGUGAGCAGUAAGUGUAGCAUUGGCUGUGAAGUCUCUUACUGUUGAACAGCUUCCUCAGUUUAGAUAGGGGAGUGUCUAGCUGGGUUGAAUCAGUCCUUCCUUCAGGCACUCAUUUAUUAUUUGGCCUUUUUUAUAUUUUCGGGGUAAUCCUGGGUGGGGAUUUGUUCCCUGUUGGGGGCAAGCGUUUCAGGGUUUCGGCUGCUGAUGUUUGCCUUUUUAAAGUCGCCUCGAGCCCGGCACGCUCCAGAAGAUAGUUAGGUAAGUCGUGGUAGGCAGGAUCUGGGGAAGUUCGUUAUUUGGAAGACUGACGUCAAUGUUUGUGAGGCAUUAGUGGUAGGAUUUUUAUUUAUUUUUUAAAUCUUCUAAUUAGCUGUGAUUCAGAAUGGUUUUUGUUUUGGAGCAGUUUGUGGCCAAUCCUACUAUCAGCUAGACGGCUGUAGGAAGGUUGAUUUGCGGUUAAUUGCUGACCACUAUAAUGUUUUUGUCUCCACUUCUCUCUCUAAAAGUGAUCUCAAGGCUACUUUGGUAUAUGGGCUAGUUGAGCAGGGGGUUUUGAGUCUGCCUGAUUCAGUGGAAUCUCCUGGCACGGUGGCCGGGGCUGUUGCAGCAGUACCUCCUAGUGAAGGCCACGUUGAUGCUCCUGGUAUUCGGAGUGCUAGUGCACAGGAAAAGCCCUUUACCAUGCCUCACUUUGACCCGCUUUCUGCCCAGUCCUCUUUUACAGGCUCUAGGUUAGAUGCCAGAAUGAAAGUACGUGUGGUCCGUCUCCAGUGGGAGAAGGAGGAGCGUGAUGGGGAUUUUCAGCUCAGGAGGGAGCUGGAGAUCAUGAAGUUGGAGGCAGACACUGCUGUCCGGAUGCGUUAGCUAGAGCUCCAAGCAGCUGUGGUGGGUGAUUCUGCUGUUACACACUCUGGUCCUGCUGCCUCCUUCGACGUGACUAGACAUAUUUCUUUGGUCCCUGUGUUUCGUGGAUCAGAAGUGGAAACCUAUUUUGGUGUAUUUGAGCGCAUUGCUGCUGCUCUGCGCUGGCCAGAAGAUGUGUGGGCCAUACUUGUACAGUGCAAGCUAGUCGGCAAGGCUCAGGAGGCUUGCUCUUCUCUUUCUGUCUAGGACAGUUUGGUGUAUGAGAAUGUUAAAGGUUCUGUUCUCAGGGCAUAUGAGCUGGUGCCUGAGGCCUACAGGCAGCGUUUUCGCGGCCUGGAGAAAACUCCUGGCCAGACGUAUGUGGACUUUGCGAGGGAGAAGAAAGUCCUCUUUGACAGGUGGUGUAGAGCUUGUAAUGCUGACGACAUUGCCUCAGUGUGUGAGCUGGUGAUGUUGGAGGAGUUUAAAAACUGUGUACCGGAGCGUACGGUAGUCUAUCUGAACGAGCAGAAAUUAACUACCCUUCAGCAGGCUGCCUCUCUGGCAGACGAAUUUGCACUGAUACACAAGAGCGUUUUUUUUCAGCGUGAUCCUCCUCAGCAGGACACUUAUCGUAGAGAUCCUGACAAUUACGUUCCCUGUGCCAGUGUUCGAGUGUUGAAUCCCAGGCUAGACAGAGCUUGUUUUUUUUGUCUUGACCCAGGUCAUGUGAUAGCAGACUGUGCAGCUUGGAAGAGAAAGCAGACAGCGGACGGCAAGCACCCAGAAGGGGUGGGUUUGGUUACAGCAGUGUGUCCUAGUGGACGGGCCACUGUUAGCAAAGGGCCUGAUGAGUGUUUGAAACCGUUCAUCUCUACUGCCUUUGUCUCUCUGUCAGGAAGGGUGGAGGACCAGCGGCAGGUCACGGUGUUGCGAGACAGUGGUGGCUCACAGUCAUUCAUCCUUGCCGGUGCCCUGCCCCUGAGUGCUGAGUCUGCCUGUGAUGCGAAUAUGGUGGUGAGAGGUAUUGAAAUGGGUUUUGUGCCCGCACAUCUUCACAAUGUCCAUGUCCAGUCUGAACUGGCUACUGGUUUCUUUCCAGUUGCUGUGCUCCCCAAAUUUCCUGUCGACGGUGUGGAUGUCAUAAUGGGUCCCGACACUAAGAGAUUGUGUUUCUCUUGUCUUGACCCAGGUCAUUUAGUGGCGGAGUGUGUGGCUUGGAAGGAGCAGGUGGCAGCUUCCAAGCAUUCAAAAGUAACUAUGUAAUGUGUGUUUUGGUAACUGUGGCCAAACACUUGUUUGGUUUUAUGGGGGGGGGUGUUAUGUGCAGUAGUGUUUGUGUGGGUGUGUGUCUUUUUCUCUCUCUGAUUCCCCAGGUGCAGCCUCUCCCCAGGUGCUCCAAUCCUCAAUCAGGGCCUCCAUAAAGGACCUGAGGAAGGCUGCAGUCGCUCUCUCCUUCUCUUCUGGCUGCAUGUGUGCAUCAUGUCUCUGUGUGAGGCCUGUGUUCUUGUGAAUUGUUAGAUGUGCUCCAGUUUACCUUUUCGUGUAUUGUUUAUUUUAGUUUGCUUUGCAAGUU